AUGGAUCACCCUAAGUUUCUUGACAAUCCACUAUACAUUGCUGGUGAUUCCUACACCGGCAUAGUUGUUCCAAUCAUUGUGCAGGAAAUAUAUAACGGUAACGACAACGGAAACAAGCCAUCAAUGAAUAUAGAGGGAUACUUGGAGGGAAACCCUCUAACAGAUAAAAGCAGUGAUGUUAAUUCAAGAGUCAAGUUUGCCCAUCGAGUGGCCCUUAUUUCAGAUGAACUCUAUGAGGAGGAUAACUAUGUGUACUCCUACACCUGGGCUAAUGAUAGAUCCGUUCAAAAUGCUCUACACGUUCGCGAGGAGUGGCAGAGAUGCAACAAUAGCAUCCAUUAUGUUGUUGGUGCAAAAAGUAGCGCAUCCUACACAUUUAAUGUCCAAAGUACCGUUGAGUAUCACCGGAAUCUCUCUGAAAAACGCUGCCGAGCUCUAAUAUACAGUGGUGAUCAUGACAUGGUUGUUCCACAUGUGGGCACAGAAGAAUGGAUAAGAUAUACGACGAAGUAUGCACACAAUGACUAUGAGUUGACAUAUGCAACUGUAAAGGGAGCGGGUCACACAGCUCCAGAGUACAAGCCCAGGCAAUGUCUUGCCAUGGUUAGUAGGUGGUUUGCUUCCUACCCUCUCAAAUCAACACUUGUGUUUGAUUGA